AGCAAUACCAAUGUCGAGCAGCAAAAUCACUCUAAAAGAAAUAAAGAUGCAUUUGUAAGGUCAUCUUAGAAUCCCACAUAUUCAAAUUAAAAUUAACGGGACGAUAAAAAAAUUAUCCUUGGGAUACCCCUUGUUGCGUGCGUAGGGUCCUGUUAAGAGGCUACCUGGAUUUUUUGGACCAUUGUCGUCCUGCCAUACAGUCACGUCCUUUCCUUUAUAGAGAUUUCUUAACAGCUGGCUUUAUUGGUAAUCCACGACAAUAAUACCGACGCCUGGUGCCGAUGGUGCGGCAUUCUCGAAUCUACAGCCUCCUUCUUUUGUACCAUUUUCUUGCCGUCUUAAGUGUGUGAGUGCUGACAGAGAGAGACGGACGGUACCCACGAGUAAUCAAUCAGAGAACGGCGAUCCACCGUGUCAGUAUCACAACGCGAUCUUCCCAUCCAAGGGCCUCGAAUAUUUCGUUCUCGAGUGCCUUGGACCUGGUAUACCCACGGUAGCUCUCUACAAAACGGAGAUGCCCGCGCCGCGACUCAUCAUGAUAUUGCAGAACAAUACAUUGUUACGCGAAAAAGUGGCGAACAUCGCACUUCCGCAGGUAAAAACAUUUCCUGUACAGAUAAGUGGCGGUUACAACGCCCAGGUGAGAUUGCACUUACCACCUGGACUCAGAGAAGAUGAAAUUACGCGCUAUCCAUUGGUUGUUCAAGUAUACGGUGCUCCUGGGUCGCAACUAGUCACUGAGAUGUUUAAAAUAGAUUGGAACACGUAUUUAGCUAGUCGGAAAAAUGUGAUUGUCGCACAGAUCGAUGGCAGAGGAAGCGGAGGACAAGGCUAUAAAUUACUUCAUGAGGUUUAUUAUCGGCUAGGUUCCGUGGAAGUGGCUGACCAACUUGAAGUCACGGAAUACUUACGGGACUCGUUACACUUUGUGGAUAAACGAAGAGUCGCUGUUUGGGGAUGGAGUUACGGCGGUUUCGUUGCUGCUCUUGUCCUGGCUCAUCCGAAGCAAAACGUAUUUCAGUGCGGAAUAAGCGUCGCGCCUGUCGUCUCCUGGGAACUUUACGAUUCCGCGUACGCCGAGAGGUACAUGGGAUUACCAAACGUGACGUCCAACUACAAAGGCUAUGCCGAAUCCAACGUUUACGACAAAGUUGAAUAUCUACACGAUAAGAUGUUUUAUUUGGUACACGGAACUGCAGAUGACAACGUCCAAUUCCAACAGUCCAUGGCGCUUGCCCGUCAUCUCGCUAAAAAAGGCAUACUCUUUCGGCAGCAGGUAUUCCGACAUUUUUUUUUUUUUUUUUUUUUA